AUGAGGCUGUUUGUUGGUACUCUGUUUACAAUUUUAGCUUCGUUCCUUACUGUUCUUGUUGACUGUUUUCCGAAACAACUUACUUUCGAGCUUCCAGGAACGGAAAAGCUCUGCUUUUAUGAGAAACUUGAGAAACAAGAACAGUGCAGCUUUAUGUUUCAAGUACUGAAGGGUAGUUCAAGUGACGUCGAGGUUGUUAUUAGGGAUCCUAACACGAAUGUAAUUGUUAAGAAGGAGGAAAGUCCUCAUGAGACGAUUGGGCUGACGGCAACUGCGGACGGUGACUACUCAUUUUGCUUCCAUAACCGGUUCCCUCCUAUGUCUCCGAAGCGUAUUUUUUUCGAACUCAGGCUAGAUGAAUCACUCAGAGAGGAAGCUGGUCUUCUUGGAUCCGGUCCAAGUUCAAUGAUUGGAACUCUCGCAGAAACCAUUCAUGAACAUCUCUCUGUCUCCGAAAGCUACCAGACGGAGUUGCGUGCGAAGUUGACCGCGGACCGUAUCUUUGCCCAUGAACUGCUCUCUCAUAUUACCAUCUGGAGCACGGCUGUUUCAGUAAUUAUCAUAGUUACGGUUGUAGCUCAGUUGUCCAUACUUAAAAGCUUCUUCAAGGAUAGGGAGCGCCUCCAUAUGACCCAUAAUUCCUGCUGA